AUGUAUCGUAAAGACGUCAAUAAAAUAAAGACAGGAAUGUUGUUUUUAUUUUUUCAGCGAGAUUUAUGUUUACUUUAGAAAACGUAAAGUAAAUAGUGCUUUAUCAUGAACAAAUAUUAUACCGCAACGGUUCUUUAAUAAAUAAUUAUCAUAUCAAUAAGGAAAAUCUUUGCAUUAAUGGGGUCCCAUCCAAAGAAAAACUCAGCAGAGUGGUUUAUUGGAAAACUUAACGUAGAUAAUGCUAAAUUGUUAGCAUUUUUUCUUGUUUUAGGCUUUAUAGGAUAUCAUGGAAUAUUACACUUGCGAUAUGGUCCAGAUUCAUGCACUUGGCUACUGUCAUCUGGCCGAUAUAAGGGUGAUCAUGAAUGGCAACCAUAUGGCUGUAUGUUACAUAAAUAUUCCAAGACAGAUGCAAGAAGAUGUUUAAGAUACUUAGCUUUCUGGGGUAAAUACAAUAGCUUUGCAUUUAUUGGUGACUCGAGGCUUGAACAAUUGUAUGAGCAUUUUAUUGGUGGCCUGAAAACUCGUCUAGAUAUAGAUACAUCAUACUCAACAAUAGACCAUCACACACCCAAUUAUACAUAUGUUGAUAACAAAUUGAGAUUAUCUGUUACUUUUAUAUGGAGUGAUGACAUAUCUAAAACUAUGGUGGAAAAGUUUAGGAUGUGGCAAAUUUCCGAUAGACCUCCUUCAGUAAUAGUAGCGAGUAGUGGUCUAAAACUCAUUAACAAUCGAAACAUAACUGAGGCAAAUCUAGAAGAAUACAAGAGAAACUUGACACGUUUAGUUCAACCGAUUGAUGCAUUAGCACUGCGGGGAACACAGGUUCUUUGGAAGUUGUUGGAAAGUGUUGACAUUGCAAAGCUAAAUAAUGAUGUCAAGAUUAAUAACAAUGAUAUUGAUGCAUAUAAUCGGGCGGCUGUUGAGAUACUCCAACACAGUGCCACUAAAAUGUGGAACUCCCCACGUCUGGCAGCAUCAGGGGCGACGUCCCCAGACGGCAUGUCCCUGAGUGCCACAGCCCUACGACACUCCACUCAAAUACUACUCAACAUGUUCUGCAAUGACCACAUGAACUUCAACGAUGGCACCUGCUGUGCUCAACCGGAGCCCUGCACUCAGUUACAGUUGAUGACCUUCGCUCUUUUCUUGCUAUGCGCAGUGUUAGUGCUGAUGCGAUCAGUGUGGAAGUGGUCGCAGACAAUAAAACAAAAAAUCGAAGGGUACUCACUCGUGAAUCAGCCGACAGUUGCCAAACCGUCCCCAAUGGUGGCUCUGGCGAAGCUUGGAAUGAUAAUGGCAUAUUUCUAUUUGUGCGACAGAACGAACUUCUUCAUGAAGGAGAAUAAAUAUUACUCGGAGUGGAGUUUUUGGUUACCCGUGGGAUACGUGUUCGCUUUGGGAUUGUUCUUCACGGAUGAAUCUAAAUCUUCCAGACACAAACGCUUCAGCCAUUCCCGAGUGCUGCACCGGGAGCAGACUGACGAGUGGAAGGGAUGGAUGCAGCUGGUGAUCCUGGUCUAUCAGGUCACAGGGGCGAGUAAAGUCCUACCAAUUUACAUGAUGGUGAGGGCUCUGGUCUCUUCUUAUCUCUUCUUGACUGGUUACGGGCAUUUUUAUUACACGUGGAAGACUGGUGACACGGGUUUGGUUAGGUACUUUCGUGUGAUAUUUCGUCUGAAUUUCUUCACAAUAGUGCUUUGUUUGACAAUGAACCGACCUUACCAGUUCUACAGCUUCAUUCCACUGGUUUCUUUCUGGUACACAUUGAUGUUCGUAAUAUUGGCCCUGCCACCCCAUAUUGCGCCAUUGUCGACGCACACGGCUGAGUCCAAGCCGUACCAGUACAUCAUCAUCGGGAUGAAGGUGGUGGGUCUGCUCUCGGUGGUGACAGUCCUGUUCCUCAGUGAGGUCUUCUUCCAGAAGAUCUUUGUAAUGAGACCGUGGAAAGCGCUUUUCGUGAACUCUGAUGACGAUAUUCAUCAAUGGUGGCUGGACUGGAAGCAGGAUAGGUACUCCUUGGCAUACGGUAUAAUAUUUGCAAUAGCCUACCUUCUCGCACAAAGAUACAAUCUCCUAGACGACAACAAUCAUAGCAACUUGUUCACGCCCGGCAUAUCUCUUUCGGCGACACUUCUAGCGUUCAUAGGCCUCGGUAGUUAUAUAACAUUUACAUUUUUCUGCACGAACACAUUCGACUGUAACGAAAUCCAUAGUUACGUAACUUUUCUGCCAAUUGUUAGUUAUAUUUUGCUUAGGAACGUCUCUGGCGCGUUACGAACGCGUCAUUCUAGUCUUUUCGCUUGGUUCGGAUGCAUAACGCUGGAGCUGUUUGCGAGUCAGAGUCAUAUUUGGCUCGCGGCUGACACGCACGGGGUGUUAGUGUUGAUACCUGGUGCGCCGAUACUUAACCUAAUCCUAACAUCGUACAUAUUUAUAUUUACGGCCCACGAAAUACACAAGUUGACAGGUAUUAUACUGCCGUACGCUGUGCCGGAUGAUUGGAAGCUGGUUUUGAGGAACUUUGCGAUAUUUUUAGCGAUCUUAGUUCCGAUUGGAAUACACGAUGGUAUGUUUUGAUAAGUGGAAAUGUUUGAUGGAGUUUUUUUUGGUUAUUUUUUUUAAAUUGUUUUGGCGUAAAUAUUGUACAGUUUUACAUUUCUGUGAUGUCAUCCCAGUAGUACAUAAAUUAUGUAUCGUCGCGUUAGUGAACAUUAUUUAUAUUUUUAUUAAGUAAAAGUUGAACAAAUUUCUACUCUUUCAAAUGUUAAAAUUUUUAAUGACAAAUAGUUGUAGUCUACCCUCCUUUUUAAAAAAUACAGUUUUAUUACACUGUUCUAAAGCAUAAUAAUAUCUUUGUCUCAAAUUAUCUUUACACUACUGUUUGCGAGUAAAAAGUUUGUAGUCACACAAUUUUUUGUGAGGGUAUGUUUCAAGUUAAUAUACAGUACUGUCACAGGGUACGAUGUUCGGGACUUAGCGCUAAGUAUGAUGAAUUUGACAUACGGGAGUCAUAGACACUUAGUCCGAACUUUGAAUUAGACUGUGCUUAAUUAUCUAAAGAAGACUUACCAUACACUAUACUGUCUCUUGUAGCUACUACUUACUAAGUACUAACAAGAAUAACGUAAAGUAUUUUUUUAUGGAAAUAUUACAAUAUUAGUCCUUCAUAUAGUACUAUGAUCUCAAUUCGCUUAUCACGCGUAGUAUAACUCUCUUUAAAAUUUGCCCUUAAGUCGAUUUGACAGAGUUCAUGUUUCCACAGCACCGUUGUAAGUCUAGUUUAUAGCAAUUUUUAUAUAAACAUUUUUAAAUAUGUUUCAUUUAUAUUCAUAUAUCAAUGCAUAAUACGGUGACAUAAUAUUAGAAUAGUAGUUUUAACUGGAACAAAAGUUGUGAUUUUAUUUUGUAUAGUUUUUGGCUUUGAACCAAUUUGUUUGUAUAAUUUUGUACUUUUGUAUUGAAUGCUGGUAAACCUCAAAUGAUUGUUUUGUGAUAUUAAUGUAAUGCUAUUUUAUGAAAAUAUUUUGUGAUUACAUUUAAGUCUUU